UCUCGCCACAGCUGUGCUCCGCUCUUUGUCGGUUUCUGCUCUCCUGCGCUUUUCUGUCCGGUACAAGGAUACAAAGAGAGGGACAGACAGCAUGAAAUAGAGACAGAGCAUGAGAGCGGCAGGAGCGUCAGAGGGACACGAGAAACCUAACCGGACUACAGUCUAGUCCAGACACGGAUACUAUUAUCUCCAGACUGGAUACGGAGCUCCGCCGAUGCACGCACUGGAUUUUACCCACCAAAGAGUGUCGAGACCGCGGGGAGAGGGGCGGACUUUAUCGCGCAGGACUGACGGGGUUUAGGAGGGGAUCAUGGAUAAAACUUUGCACAUUCUCCAGAAAUCCGCAGACGGUGUGCCUACUGGGAUCUCCCUGGAUAUGAGUUUAAAUAUGGACGAAGGGGAAGAUUUCACGGAACAGCAGAUAGUGGGGCUUCCGGACAAAAUACCUCUGGUGAAACCUUAUUUCAAAAAGAAGCAGAGGAAAUUGGACGCCAAAUGCCUCCACCGCGCGCUGGAGGAUCCUAUACUGACCACUUUACUGAGCACGGAUACGCUGGUCUCCGGGGAUGGGGUGUUCGUUCCCCGGAACCAGCCGGGCCGGACUGCGAGCAACCUGUGCGCAGCGGUCGUGGUGAAACAGAACUGUAUGGGCCAGGUGUGUCUCAAAGACCCUGGAGCUGCUGACGAUGCCACAGAUGGGGCUGGAGUUCCGGGGUUGAUGACCCGGGACGGUGAUGUGGAAAUAGCCGAUACUACUGCGGAGCUGGAGGCGACUGAGCUGCGAGGGGAGCGACCCAAGAUCACCGAUCCUACCCCCGACAGCCGCUGCUUUCAGCCGAAAACUGGCCUCAGGGCGGCCGGGAACACAGUGACAAUACCGCCCCCCGUCAGGGAUAUACCUCCCAUAGUUGCACCCCAGGCUCCUCACCAGGAGGGGGGCAUCAAAAGCAAUGACCUCUUAACCUCUGGGGCUAAAAACCUUCCAGUCAAAGACUGCACCGGCGUCCAGGACCCCCAUCCCCUCCUCCUGCAGCCCGACAAAGGAGUGCUAUUUUUUCAGGAUAAAAGCGAAGAGGCCUCCCUGGACCUGGUUUUUGAGCUGCUCACCCAGCUCCAGUAUCACACGCACCAGUCAGACUCAGUGGACAUUUGUGUGGAUUUCCUCCAAGGACAGUGUGUUUAUGGCAAUGACUGUGCCCACCACCACACUGUCCUGCCCUACUACUGGCAGAUCCGCAGGAGCAGCAGUCAGACGUGGCAGAGCAUAGCAGACGACUCCCAGGAACAGCUGGAGAGACUGUACUGCAACCCUGACAAUGAGCAAGUCAGGCUCAAGUUUCAGGGUCGAGUGUUUUCCCUAGACUUCGCGGCGAUGCAAGUGUGUGACCUGGAGUUUGACCGCGUCCGACGACUGACCACUCCUGCCAGCCCUCUACCCACGCCCACAACGACCCCAAACCCCACCCCCAGCUGUCACACAGUGUGGAAGUACUACUGCAGAGACAACUUUGGCUGGAGGGAAUACUCUGAGCCGGUGGUGAAGCUCAUAGAGGAGGCUAGUUCGAGGGGUCUUAAGGAGGUGCGAUUCAUCACGCUCCAGAACCAGUAUAUCCUCAACAUCAGGGAGGGCUUCCAGCAGAAUGCGGUCUUCGGGUUCAGACGUCAGAUCAAGAAGCGGCCCAUGUUCAUGUCCUCCGUGAUGCUUACACCCCUCCUACAGACUUUGGGCGGCAUCUCUUCAUCUCUCCUACCCUGUUCCUCCUCCUCUACAUCAUCAUCAUCAUUAUCAUCAUCAUCAUCAUCAUCAUCAUCCAUGGAUCUUUCCACGUCGCAUCCCCUCUCGCCGACAAACAACCACCCACCCAGCCUUUUUCCGGAGACAUGGUUGCCCAUGACGAUGAGCCAGGACUUCCUGCAGGUGCCGGUCUCACGUGAAGACCGCAGCUUCCGGACGGUGUACAGCCUUUUCCACAAGACGGUGUCGGAGACAAAAUUCAGGAUCAUCAAGAUCAUGCGUGUGCAGAACCCCUUCCUCUGGGAGAAGUACAAGAGGAAGAAGGAGUACAUGUCGCGGCGUAUGUCAGAGAUGGACCGGCUGCUGAGCGAGCGCCACCUCUUCCACGGCACCUCAGCCGAUGUGGUGGAGGGCAUCUGCAAGCACAACUUCGACCCCCGAGUCUGCGGCAAACAUGCCACUAUGUUCGGCCAGGGCUCCUACUUUGCCCGCAAGGCUGUCUACUCCCACAACUUCUCCAAGCGCUCGCCCAAGGGAGUUCACUGCAUGUUCCUGGCCAAAGUCCUCACUGGCAGGUUUACUGUAGGAAAUCCCUCCAUGCGGCGACCUCCACCCAUCAACCCUCGUGACCCCUCCAGUGACCUUUUUGACUCCUGUGUGGACAACUGGGUGGACCCCCAGAUCUAUGUCAUCUUCAACGAUGACCAGAGCUACCCAUACUUUAUCAUUCAGUAUGAGGAGGUACCCAGCACUGUCGCCGUCUAAGCCCUGGAUCAGACCUGGGUCUGUGUGUAGUUGCAAAUACGUACUCAUAGUCUGUUGAGGUGCCAGAUGGGUGGAGUUUGCCACUGAAGAUGAAAAGGAACAGUUUAGACCAAUAACAGGCCGACAUUUACUUUUUGAUAAUUGUUGGUUUAACCAACUCUAUUGGAAUCACUUUGUUAGGCUAAACUUCACCCAUCUGCUGCUCUAAACAGCAGAUGUUUGCAAAUACUCAAUGAUUUAGGAACAGACUGGUCCAGACCGGAUUCAACUGGACAAAACUGGACUAGCAAAGUACAACACCUGUUUCAUCCAGUGUUCAGAUGUGGAUGACAAGUGACAACAGCUGCAACCACAACAGACUUGACUGGACUCAUAUACCACACUUUGUUAUCUAGUAUGAACAGGAGCCUAGCGAUGAUCAUUGGACGCAAAAGGAUUUUAACUACCUUACUGAUCUGGAGCAGAUGCAGGAAAAACCAAACCUAGUCCUCUUAUCAUUUUUACUUAGUCGUAUGGCUGUAUAUGAACUCCACAUCAGGACAAAUGCUGUAGUAGACAGUUAGCAUCCUGCCAGUACUGUGAAUGACCAACUGGCCGUAUUAUUCUGAGGAAGCAGCAACCAACCAAUCAAACGCUUCCAUAGAGAAACCAUGGCGACACUUACCCCGUCAUUCUCUUACAAAAAUAAUAGUGAGCGUUUACCCAGCCUCCGGCCGAUACUUUUUUUUUUUCAAGUCUAUGUGCUGCGUGUUUUAAUCUUUUAAUUUAGUGGAUAUGAAUCUUGUGGCCUCUUCAAACAGACAAUGGACAUGAGUUUCAGUGGGACUUACAAAUGGACAUCCACAUACUGUAAACCUCCAGGCAGAGGUUUCACAUGAAGCCAGUGCUGUUCCCGGUUGGCGUUUUUGCCUUCGCGCCCACCGCUUUAGUUCCUCACGGGGGAUUGAAGAGUGUACAGUUUCACGCUGGGACUCUAUGCUGCUGCAGCGGCGGCGCUGUAGCGUUUUGUCAACAAACCCCCUGAAACUCAUCUCUCUUGGACCGCUCUCUCCCUCAGAGACAGUAGACAUGUUUUAUUGAGACAAGCUGUACAGACUUUCUCUUUGUUUAUAUUUGAACUGUGUGCCUUUUGUUCAUAAAAAUUGUAUUUAUGUUAGUUUAAUGUAACAUUGAUUAAAUAAAGAAUCUAAAAGAAAAAAAUUA